AUGGUGCUGCUGCUCUUGUCAGUGGAGCCGUCCUUCAAGGCAUCUCUCUUGACAGGGGCCAGGAUGGACAGAGCCAACAGCUGCCAGUCUGACAGCAGCGGGUUCCUGGAGGAGCCGCCGGAAGCUCUGCCUGCCCAGGUGCCUUCGUUGCUGUGCAGCCAGAGUCCCACCGAGAAUGCAGGGGGGAGGCCGAGGGAUGGGAGCCAGCGCCUGGGGUCAUCCCACAGCAGUCUGCAGGCGUCUGGUGAGCCUGACUCCAGGAGCAUGCUGAGCCUAUCUUUUCCAAGACAAGACUGGAGAAUCUUGGAAGAAAAGGCCUCAACCUCUGUGGUGGAGGAAGAGUCUCAGCUUGAGGCCACAGAGGGGCCACCACAGCUGUGGAUCCCAGAUAAGGUUCUUGCCAAAAGCAGCCCUGGGGGAGAACACCCAAGGAAAGAUGGCCAUCUGCCACAGCUGCCGCCAGUGCCCCACGCUGCCUGCGAGGUCACUGGAGCCACAGUCACUUCCAAAUAUGACUGCUCUCUGGUGUGUAUGCUGACCCACAUCACGGAAGUGAAGGACAGGUUUCUGAGGCCCGGGGAAGCUGGAGGAGUGCUUGUGCAAAGCCACCACUGUGAGUCUCAAAACUCACCUGGAAAUGAGGAUGCUCCAGACAAGUUCCUGCAUGUGGACUCUGAGGCCCCACAGGGAGACGAAGGCAGCAAGCUCGGUCCUGAUACCAACAACACCUUACUGACACAAGAGAGUCCACCACGGCCUGUCCCCAAACAUGGCAAAGUCACAUUCCAUGCAGUUGACCUCAUUCCAACAUCUGAAAAGUCCAUUCCCCACCUCAGUGAACUGCCUGCGGACACUCCCCAGAUGGAGCCAAGGGGUGGCAGUUUGAGUCAAAUGCCACCCAGGGCAGAGGCUGAGAUGGAAAACCUUCCUCCAAAUACCGACCCGGACGUUGGCAGCUCCAGGUCUGUGCCAACCCGGAUGUCCUCCAAGGUGGUGUCAGCUGCUCAGAGUGCUGUGGCCUUGGGGACUGAUUCUACAGGACCAUCUUUAGAGUGCACUAUGUGUGACUGUAUUACCACAGCAGCACCAAGAGUGGGGACAAAAGCAAGACAGUUCAAUGAUGUUUCCAUUCAGACUUAUAUAGGGGAGCCUAGGCCUUGGCGUAGCUGUUCAGCCCUAGGAAACAAGGCCUUGACCCACAGACCCCAGCCCCUCACUAAAUCUGUCUCUUUAGACACAGGCUUCCCUAGUGUCUACCCAGCAGGCAUCUGCCAUGCCGCACCUGCACACUGCUGCAUCUGCUGUCACCACCAUCCCCACCACCACGGGGAGAGGCAGAGCCCCAGCCCUGUACCCUCAGUCUGGAGGCAUUGCCCGUGCUUCCAUCCUGGUCAUCCAGAAGCCCAGUUCAUGAUGACUCUGAAGGUCCUUCAGGACACUACAGCAAGGGAACGAUGUUGCCGCACAGUCGAGGAGAUGGAAGCCAUGAGGAGGGUAUGCCAGAGUUUCCGGGAGCAUUUAGAGGAAAUUGAACAGCACCUAAUGGGACAGCAGGCACUCUUUUCCAGGGACAUGUCAGAGGAAGAAAGGAAGGAGGCUGAGCAACUGCAAACUUUACGUGAGGCCCUGAGGCUGCAGGUGGCAGAGCUGGAGUUGCUGUUAGGAGACCGGGCUCAGCAAAUCAGAGAAGGGCUUCUACAGCUAGAGCAUCUCACAGGGGAGCCACCUGAACACUAUACAAAUCUGCAUCAAGGUAACUGGACAGAAGAACACAAAGGCCAGACUUCAUGUGCUAAAACCCGCCCAGCCGUGGCCUCUUGGGCUGCCUUUCCUCCCAUCGAUGGCCAGCAGGUACCCUGUGCAGGUGGGCCCCCGUUGGCUGCCUCUGCUUCACCCACCUUGAACAGCACCAGGAUAUCUCCUCCAUCACCAGCUGAGGCAGAGUCAUGUCCAGCCCCUUCAUCAAAUUGUCCUGUUGGAGAAAAGGAUACAAAUGUCUUCUAGAUCAGAGUGGGUUUGGUGACCUUUAUGCAAAUUGUGAGAGCCCAGACCACUUAUAGCAAGAAAUCUAAAUUUUCCCCAAGGAGGAGAUCCACCAACCC